AUGAACACAAGCUACUUACGGCAGUUACGGACCUCUGGAGCACUUAAAGCUGUACUUAAUGAUCGAGCGAGCAGUCGUCAAUGUAAAAAACUUGUCAUAGAUUAUUCUAGUCCAAAUAUUGCAAAGCAGUUUCAUAUAGGAAAUCUUCGUUCAACAUUAAUUGGUAGAUACAUUGAUAAGUUCAUCGGAGCUAUUGGUAAUGAUGUGACCACAGUGAAUUAUCUCGGUGACUGGGGGACACAGUUUGCGAUGAUUGCUACAUAUUGGCCGCAGGUGCGGCCUUCUGAUUCCUUCUGGAACUCAUGUAGUGAUGUUGACAAGAUUCGUGCCUUGACAGACUGCUACGUUGUAGCAAACAAAAAAGGAAAAGUGGACGAGAAUUUCCGGGAAAAUGUUCGUGAAACGUAUGCAGAAAUGGAGAAAUGUAUAAUGGCUGAAGACUUGUCUUCUCCAACAAUGCAGCUGUGGCGAGAUAUUCGAGAGCUUUCCGAACGACAUCUGAACCAGUUCUAUUCCAUGUUAAAUAUUCAUUUUGAUCGGUGGCAGUAUGAAUCUUCUUAUGUGAAAGCCGCUCGUCGUUUGGUAGCUGAUAUGGUAAAGGACAAGGUAGCUCGUCCAACUGCAAAUGGGUUGUGGGUUGUCGAUCUCCCUCACAAUGAACUCGAGGAUUAUGCGAUUUUGAGGAAGAGCGACUCUUCUACGAUAUAUUUAUCUAGG